GCCCUGAAAGCCAGUUGUCACUCAAUCAACAAUCAUAUUGUUACAUCGUCUCUUAUAACCAUGGCCACUCGUUUUGCGUCUCGCGCGUUGGUGCUCGCUCUUUUGGUAUGCAGUGUUGUUGUCGCUUUAGAGAGUGCACGGGAUUCCCUAGUUGUUCGGGAAUCAGAAAUACAUGAAUGUCCUUCCGUUGAGAAGCUCAGUGCUCUCAAAAUUGCUGUGGAGGAUGAGGAAUCUCCAAUAAUGAGACAAGUAUUUGCGUGGUUGUUUCCAUUUGGCCCAGGCUGGAAUUCAGUGCUUGGGACAUUUUACAUCAGCUCGGUGCCGAAUUUUAUUCUUGCAUUUAUUCCCGCGGAGAUCCAUCCAGACACACUCAAUACGAUGACUGCCUUUGCUACUGGAGGCCUUCUUUCUGACGUUUUUCUCCACCUCAUCCCCCAUGCGUUCAUGGGAGAACAUCAAGAUCCGGGUGCUCACUUCGUAAUGGUCGAAGAGAAGAGAAAUAUCCUUAUUGGGCUGGGUAUUUUUGUUGGAUUUGCUACCUUUUUCGUCAUGGAGAAAUCAUUAAGAGUGCUUGGGGGCGAGGAUGGACACAGCCAUUCGCAUGGCCAUUCUCACACUCAUUCCACAGAUGCUGCCGUAUCUGCAGAUUCUGCGCAAGCAUCUGGAGCAUCAACCUCCUUGUCACCUGAUGGCCUUCGGUCACGAGGAUCGGGGAAACAAAAUGAAGUAGAUCGUCAAGAACCCGUUGAACAAGCCCAUGCUGCAACGGCACCUUCGAAGCUCUCAGCCUAUCUCAACCUAUUUGGUGAUUUUGUCCACAACAUCACAGAUGGAUUAGCCAUGGCUGCAUCGUUCUAUUCUUCGCCCCUCAUUGGAGCGACGACUACGCUUGCAUGCUUCGCCCAUGAAAUUCCUCAUGAAAUUGCAGACUAUUCUAUUUUGGUGCGUAGUGGAUUUACCAAAAAGCAAGCCAUGCAGUCGCAGUUUUUGACUGCCAUCGGUGCAUUUGUUGGCACAUUCAUGGGAAUUGCCAUCCAUAAUUUAUCGGCGUCCGGCACAAUUACAGAGUCAUUGGACCUGGCCGCAGGGGUGCGGCAAGAUGCUUCCGGGAUCUUGGGUACCACUGUUCAACCAGCGGAUCUGGUAAUCCCCUUUGUGGCCGGUGGAUUCAUGUAUAUUGGUGCCGUCGCGGUCUUGCCUACUCUGUUAGCAGAGAGCAAAAGCGGUGCACAAGCCCUACGGGAGUUCGGUGCGAUGGCCUUUGGAGUGCUUUGCAUGUUCUUCGUAGCAUGGAACGAAUGAAUGUGCUCGCACGUUUAUUACCUCUCAAAGCUUUGCUUCUCACUCGUACGUUAAUGCCAUCGCAGAUGGAGAUUCGGAGGCUGAAUCCCGGCCACAGAACUCAUCUGCACGUAAAUAUUAAAUAUCACGAAGGUACCGCGCACGGAUUGUUCCAAGUUGUGACGAUCAAGUGGAGAUGUUACUACAGUGUAGACAGUUAUGCCGUGAACAGUUUAUAUAUACCAUUCUUCUGAUACACGAUGGCGGAGUCAACAAGAAUCUUGGAAGGUUCAUUUUGCCUGAA